AUGGCAACUAGUAAUUCCCCCUUCCUCUCCCUCAUCAUCUUCCUCUCCAUCCCUCUCCUCUCCCAUUCCGAGCCACAACUCUCCCUCGACUACUACAAAGCCACGUGCCCCGAUUUCGCCAAUAUCGUGACCGAGACGGUCACCACGAAACAGAUCGCCACCCCAACGACGGCAGCGGCCACCCUCCGCAUCUUCUUCCACGACUGCAUGGUCGAUGGAUGCGACGCCUCGGUGCUCAUCGCCCCCAACAAGUUCAACAAGGUGGAGCGAGACAAUGAGCUCGACCAUACCCUGCCGGGUGACGGAUUCGACGUCGUCACCCGGACCAAGACGGCCCUGGAGCUGGCAUGCCCCAUGACCGUCUCGUGCGCCGACAUCCUGGCCCAGGUCGCGCGCGACCUGGUCGUGAUGGUUGGAGGGCCCAACUACCCUGUUUUGUUGGGUCGUAAGGACAGUCUGGCCUCGCAGCUCAACGACGUGGAGCCCAACAUCCCCCAGCCCAACAUGACUAUGGACCACAUCAUCAACCUCUUCGAGUCCAAGGGGUUCACGGUUCACGAGAUGGUGGCGGUGGUUGGGGCCCACACCCUCGGGUUCGCCCAUUGCUCAGAGUUUGCCGACCGGCUCUACCACUACGACAAGAGCACCCCCACGGACCCGGACAUGAACCCGAAAUACGCGGAGGCGCUCAAGAAGUUCUGCUCCAACUACACCAAGGACCCAACCAUGUCGGCGUUCUUGGAUUUGUACACUCCGGGGAAGUUCGACAACAUGUAUUACCAGAACUUGCUCAAGGGGUUGGGACUCCUGUCCACGGAUCAAAUGAUGGCCGAGGAUCCCAGGACGAGGCCGUUUGUGGAGCGCUACGCCGCGAACCAGACCGCCUUCUUCGUGGAUUUCGCCGAGGGCAUGCAGAAAAUGGGGACGAUCGAUGUCAAGACUGGGGAUGAGGGAAACAUCAGGAGGAGGUGUGACGUGUUUAACACGGUCAGGACUUAA